UCGCCUGCUGUGCGUCUGGUGGGAAGGUGACUGCAGCCAGCUGCCCUGAGCUCACAGUGCCCUUCCUUCCCCGGGUUCCUCCAGUAGCUCAAUUUUCUGCUUUCCCUGUUCAUACCUGGCAAGAAUCUUUCCAUCUUGGAGCAAGAGAAGUUUCCGGAUACAACAUUUCAAUCUGCACUACUGGAGUAACUGAGAUGGGUCUGCAAUAGAGCGAGAAUGAUGAAGGUUUGGGUAUUUGAGUCCAGAAACGCAGGGCAGCUUUAUUGUAUAAGGAAAGGCCUUACCAGAGGCGCGGGACUGUGAGGUAAUGAUUCCAGCAAAAGCAGAAGCCAAGGGCAAAACCAAAAGUAUGUGGAGGAAAUGUGGACUUUGGGCCGUUCAUAGUGACGUGGAGAGAGAAUUCCAGAAGGCAGGUUAAGGGGAAGAGGCUCUUGUUUCAGUUGUGAAAAACUCAUGUGGUCCAUUGGAGUGUUGAUCAGGGGAACGAAAGCCAAGGGAAGAAGAUUCUGGGCCAUCUGAGAGCGUGUGCGGUGAAGAGAAGGGGAUUUCCAUGACACAGAACAGCAGAUGGCAGACGGAUUCGCUCCAGUUGGAAAGGAAAACUGCAGUGAGCAGGCGCGAAGAGGCCAAGUCUCUGGUCCAUGCUCACAGUUCCAGAGAAGUUUCAUCCAGAGAGUAACGUUGCUGGGAAAGCUGCCGACCAGUUUUGUCCUCCAUCGUGAGAAGAAGCAGAAGGUUGCUGCUAUCCUGGGGACAGACGACCAGGAGGCCAUGAAGUCUCUUCCAGAGGGAGACUUACAAGACUACCUGCUGAGUAAGGUGGACCUGAGGCGCCAGCAGGUUUCUCAGAGUGUGGAGGAGGUGCAGAGAGUUAUCCACUGUCUGACGGCAGAGGUCAGCCACCAGGACAGUCGAUUCCAAGCAGUGCCUGCCUCUGACACGUACAAUGACAGCAUUAAGGUUUUGGCUCCCAGACUGUUCCAGGUCACAGUCCCUCUGAAAGGCCUCGCGGGAUACAAGGGGGCCCGGACACAGCGCUGGCGGUACUACAACCUGCAGGGCGCCAAGCUCACCUGCCCUCUGCGGGACCCCGAGGGCCUGCAGCAGUGGCUGGAGACGGAGCAGUUCAUGAAGACCCUGUGGCAGUGGCACCAGGCGGACGUGAACAUAGAGGGGGACAUCGUGCCUGCCAAAGUCCUCCAGGUGUUCCGGGCGCUGGUGGAAAACGCAGUGAGAACCUGUCACCUCUCGGGCAAGGUCCGUGUGCUAGCAAACCGAGCUGCCGUCUGGGUUGCCGUGGAAACGUCCACAGGCCAGGUGGAGCUGGAGCUGGUCCCCACUGUGGAGAUCCCCACCGCCUGGUCCGAGAAAGCCCAGUGGCCUAGGUGUCUGAAGCGGUGGCCUUCCCCAGAGAGAGUGGAGUGCAUCAAGUCAUUUGGGUUCAACUUGGUGGCCCGGUCCAGUUAUCACUGGCAGCUGAGUUUCCCCCAGGCAGAACAGGUGCUGUUUGAGCAGUUGGAUGAGGAUGGGGGCUGCCGCAGGCGAUGCUUUCAGGUCCUGAGGCAGCUGAAGGAGGACGUGUGGUGUCCAGGGCAGAGGCCAGUCAUCACCACCCACCACCUGCAGAUGGUGCUCUUCUGGACAUGUGAGAAAUACCCACACCUCAAGGACUGGCAGGUCUUCCAUCAAGCGCUCCUCCGCCUCGUCCGGAAGCUGCACAGAUGUGUGAGCCAGCACUUUCUGAAGCACUAUUUUGUCCCGAAGGGCAACCUCCUGCAGUCAGCCAGCCCGAGUGAGCUGGAUGCCGUGGCCCAGAAAGUGGCCUUCUUCCUCAAGAAUCCGCAGGUCACUCUGCCCUGAGGUGGCCCAGGGAGUCCUUGCUCCAUCCCUUUCUGCUGGCCUUGUUCCCAGGGUGGUUCCCUGCCAGCGGCUGGGACCCAGUGCUAAGAGAAGGACCACCAACGACAGAGAAUAAAGCCGGCCAGCAGCUCACUCAUCAGAGGCGAAUGCUCCUGCCCCAGGUCACGCAAGCAUUUCACCUUCCCUACCUCUCUCGGGGACAGCUCUCGUCCAGCUUCCCCAAGUGACGAUAGUCCUUGCUCAGUUUCUUAUUGUCUGACAAGGGCAAUGGAGAUGGGCAAGGGCGGGCCAGGGAUUAGCCUGCUGCUGGAGAAUGCUCAGACUGGCUGGACCAGGACCCACACACUGACGGACAGCCCACCCGGUGGCUGGUGUCCCUUCGUGACUCUGUCCUCCACCUCCAAGCAGUGGCCAGCAGUCCAGGCCCUGGAGCUGUUCUGAUGUUCCUCUGUCAACUGUGCGGAGUCAUUGUAAGAGUUAGUGCAGAUCCAAGAGAAGGGUGCAGCUGGGACUCCGCCUGUCACCUGACUCCAGUCCCAGCCCCUCUGCCACGGUCAAGGCUAGAACUUGCUUCCACUUCGGGAAUAAGCUCCAUGCUUGGCCUUGCAUGGACCACCUUCAUGUCAUUCAUGUCUGGAUGUCUUCCUUAGCUCAAUCAAUUCACUCACUUGUGGACACGUAGGUACUCGCUAGGUACGAAGGACACAGCAAAGAACAAGACAGACUCCCUGGAGAAGACAGGAAGUGAACAGCAGAUGGCUGAACUCAGUCACCACACAGAGAAGGAAGUCUGCAAGAACAAGGUCCCAGAGAGAUCCCGAGGGAGAACGUGUGGACAGCUAAAAGGGGCCGUAAUGGCGACCUCAGGCAGGCUGGGGUGGGUAGACAUGGGUCUGUGGCUGUGUAAAGCUGGGGAAAUUGUGUUCUGGGAUCAGAGGUGCAGCGUUUACCUCCAACAGAACACUUGAGAUGACGACUCUGGCGACAGCAUCGGGAAGGACUCUGUGGCCCCUGCACCUCUCCAUUCUGAAGUGCACGGAGGCCCUCAGCAUCACACAUCUGCACCCUGUCUGGGAUUGCAGGGGCUCUCAGAGAGAAUGGCUUCUUUGAGUGUUUUCUUAAUGCUUCUCAGCUCCAGGGGAUCCUUUAUGGCCUUUGAACAUUCUCCAAUAACAAAUAUGCUUAACAAAGCAAUAUUUCUAAAAGCACAGCCCACUGGUUUGGGGGCUUUGAAGGAACCUGUGUGCAAAGGACUGAACCCGAGCGAGGCCUUUGGCACGCUGAGCAUGUGCCUUGCCAACGAGCUAGGUUGGCUUUAUUUCGAGGCUGGAUCUCACUAAGUUGCCCAGACUGGCUCUAUUUUUUUAUUAGUUUUUUUUUUUUAUUAGAAUAUAUGAAUUAUACAUAAUGAUUGGUUCCAUUGUGAUAUUUUCAUGCAUGUAUGAAAUGUUGUGUAUGACUGUGUAUGCAUGUGUAUAAACCAAUGACUUCAAUAGGGUUCCGUCCAGGAAUAUGGGUAAAGGACUAGUUUGCAGGAGAAUGGGCACCUUUACUGGUUACACCACUGGUUAUACCCCUCUAGUCCCUAACAACCAUUAACUGCUUAUUCAUCCCCGAGAGGGGAGGGGACUUGCAAACAUUUCCUGUCCUCCGUGACGGAAUGCUGAUGGCCCCGAUCUUGCAUGAGUGAUCACAGCCUCUGGGAGUUCAAGAGAGCACUGGCCGUAUCAUAGGUGAGGACAGCAGUCCACAACGCUCCACCCCGUCCAUCAGCGCUUGCGUUCUUCCCCCAUCCCAUGUCAUUUCUCAAGUCUUGCAGGGGGUGACAAAGAUGUCCCAUUUAAGGCUGAGCAUUCAGCAGCCACAUAUUCUCAGCACCUUGGCCAGUUAGAGGGCUGUGUAGUCGAGGCACUGUGACCACUGCUAAGAAGCCUCUCCAGCUACUGUUGGCAUCAGAACAAAUCCAUAAACACCAGCACGGAUAUGCUGAAGGCAUUUUGGCAGACAUAUGAUGUCCGCUUCACAAAAACCAGCAGAAGAUUCCCCACCGGGGCCUGUCAUCUCUCCAGCCACGGGAUUUUGACUAGGUUUACAAUCAAAGAUGUGGAUUCACUCCUAAGAAGCAGACCUCACGUCCAGAAAGCUACUGAUUACCCCAUAACAGUCAUGCCGCUAUCACACCAUGGGUAUAACUUGCUUGGAAGGUAGCACCCGGGGUCCACAGUUGGGUCAUACCAUUUAUGACAAUUGUCUCCAGAAGCCUGCAGAGCACUUUAUAAACCAGCCAUUAGGGAAGAAGCUUCCGGCCAGGUCCCAAGUUUAAUGCUCUACGUCCUGCAAACAGAGCCUGGUGUCUUCAGCAACAAGGUCUCUCCAUCUAGUUCUGGUGGGCAUCCAAACAGUAAUGGCCAUAGGCGAGGCUGGCCUUGAACUCUGUAACUCAGGCAAGCUUUGAACUUGCAAUCCACCCGUUCAGCUUCCCAAGCAGCUGGAAUUCUAGUCCUGUACCACCGCUUCUGAUUUUGUUUUGGUUGAAGAUCAGUAUUAUUUUUUCAAAAGCACUGUAACCAAAUCGUGGGAUUCCCCAGGUUAUCGCACAGCAAAUCAUAGUUUUAAAAAGGUUGAAACCUAUCUUAUUAAACUAACUGGAUGAUUGUUUUGAAGCAUGAAGUGAUAAGCAAACCUGUGCUCUGUUUAAUCACCAAGCCUUGGCUUCUUGUCACCAUGUUUGUUGAUCAGGGGAAACUUUUUUUUUUUUUUGAGGAGGCAGCAGUUGUAAUAAGGUUUUGUUUCUGGUUUUCUUUCUAAGAUGAAAUGUCCUAAGAAAGUAUUAAAACAGCUAUACAGUCACAGUAUGCAAAAAGUGAAGUAGGCCGUGCUGUUAUUUAAAAACAGUGUGGAGUUUAGAGAGGGUAGACCCACAGGCCUGUCACACCAAGUGUUUCCACACUCAGAGCUGUGUGCACUGGGCGAAGUAGCGUGUUCUGUUGAUUCUUGGUGGUUCCCGAAUCUGGCCAGCAGAGGGCAGCAGACACUAACAAAUGAGAAGAGUCAGCCUGUGGCUCCUUCGUUUUCAGGGCCCAACACUUGCUACUGUCUUCGUCUAAAAGUCACACCCUGCUCCUCCAGACAGGUGGUUUUCUGCUGAUGCUAAACUGCUGGCCUUUUAUAGUGCCUUAGCUAAAGCUCCAGUCUUUGCUCAAAGCUGAGCUCUGAAGGGGCGCCUGCAGGACAGCCCAGCCUGGACACUGCUGUCAGCUCUAGCGUUUCCCGGGAUGGAUUGCCAGCACACCGUGAAGUCUGAUCACCGUGCUUCUUGGCUUUGGUCAGUUUCUGGGUUUGUUUAUGCUGAAACAAGUAAAGAAAGACGUGCUUGUGUGUCUUUGUGUGCACAUCCUCUGUGUGUGCUGGUGCCCAAGGAUUCCAGAAGAGGACGCUGGAUUCCCUAGACUGGGAGCCACUUGACCUGGGUGCUGGGAACUGAACCUGGGUCCUCUGGAGUCCUUUUAUUUGCUGACUCACUUCUCCUGUUUUCUUCCUUCCCUCCCUCUCUC